AUGAUGAUGAUCAUCACUGUCUUGUUACUAAUAGUUUUGUUCCUAGCUGGCCUCAUUAAUAUCCACUUCUAUUUACCUUCCAAGAAAUUGUAUGCAUGGCUCCAAUCUUUUGCCUCUACAAGCCCUCCAACAACCAUCACUCCCCAAGUUUCCCACAAGGAGAGGAGUGUUACUACUAGUACUAGUACCAGUAGUCCUGCUUAUGACAAAACUGAGCUGAAGAGAGUUUUUGCUACCUUUGACAAGAACGGUGAUGGGUUUAUAACAAAGCAAGAGUUGAGAGAUUCAUUCAAGAACAUAAGAAUCUUUAUGACAGAGAAAGAAGUGGAAGAAACGGUGGUGAAAGUGGAUUCUAAUGGAGAUGGGUUGAUAGACUUUGAAGAGUUUUGUAUCUUGUGCAAGGCAAUUGGGGUUCAAGGUCAAGGAGGAGAUGAUGAGAAAGAAGGUGGAGUAGGAGGUGGAGAAGGGGAUUUGAAGGACGCUUUUGAUGUUUUCGAUAAAGAUAAAGAUGGGUUGAUAUCAGUUGAGGAGCUUGGUUUGAUGUUGUGUUCUUUGGGGUUGAAGGAAGGUAGAAGAGUUGAGGAUUGCAAGGAGAUGAUCAGGAAGGUUGACAUGGAUGGUGAUGGGAUGGUUAAUUUUGACGAGUUUAAGAUGAUGAUGAUGAGAGGUGGAAGCAAGCUUGUUUCUGUCUUCUAA